AGAAUCUGGAACGGUUUCUUGGCAAGACAUUUUUGGUUAAAGCCUAGCUCAAGGCAGAUCAAACCACUUCAGCUUCACUCCCAUCAAGGAUCACAGCAGCCAGAAAAUGCUCUUCCGAGGAGUUUGCCUUCUUCUGUGCCUGUUUUGUAUGGCACAGAUGACAACUCAGCAAAACAUCAAACCCAAGAAAAAGGCAGACCCCAGGAGAGAUGCAGUAAGCCUCAAAAUGGUUGAGGAUCUCAAGGAGCAGUUAGACAAUAUCUCCCAGGAGGUGGCUCUGCUAAAGGAAAAGCAAGCACUUCAAACAGUUUGUCUGAAAGGCACCAAGGUGAAUCUAAAAUGUUUCCUGGCUUUUUCGAACGCUAAGACCUAUCACGUGGCCAGUGAAGACUGCAUCUCACAAGGCGGCACCCUGAGCACCCCGCAGACGGGAGAUGAAAACGAUGCUCUCUAUGACUACGUGAGGAAGAGCCUGGGGCCCGAAACAGAGGUUUGGCUUGGUGUGAAUGAUCUGGCAGCGGAAGGGAAGUGGGUGGACAUGACAAGCAGUCCCAUUCGUUAUAAGAACUGGGAAACAGAGAUCACAACUCAACCGGAUGGUGGGAAGCUCGAGAACUGUGCUGCGCUGUCGGGAGUUGCUGUUGGCAAAUGGUUUGACAAGAGGUGCAGAGACCUGUUGCCUUAUGUCUGCCAGUUCAUGAUUGUUUAAUAGCGGGGCUCCUGACGUGGAAGAAAAGACCAAGACACAUUGUUUGACACUUGGGCUAGAGCUGUCUGUGCAUAUGUACGUGCACAAAUUGACACACAUAUCUGCGAUAUACACACAUGCAAACACAUAUACACGAACACAUACUCUUGGCUUACUAAUGGAGUAGAAUAAAUUAUAUCUGCACUGCAAAUCUAAUUGGCUGAAUACAUCAAAACCAUCGGCAACAUUUUUCUUACUAAGGCUUCAGUUAUAGACACUGACAGAGAGAGAAUGUAUUAGGAUGGCUUCAGCAUGUGAGCAAAAUUUGAACUCUGCAAAAACAAAAAACAGUAAAUUACUUAAGAUGCAUUAGUUUGUUAUUGCAUGCAACUUUUCUACAUUCUUCUUUUUGUUCCAGAUGAUUGUACCAAAGUAAAUCAACUUUUGUUCAAUUGUUCUGGUUAUCAUCUCCUUGACUAAAAAGCUGAAAGCACAUUUAUCAGAGCCUGCUGCUAUUGUUUAAUGUUUUGCAUUACUAAAUUGCCAGCCCAAAUGAGUCCUUUGAAAUGGGGGGGGGGGGGGGGGUCUAAAAGUUGUCUCUGUCUCAGCUAUGGUAUUAUAGAAUGCCAUUUAAAAGAAGUCGAGAUAAAGAAAGCUAAACAAAACCUUUUACUCUAAAGAAGAAGGUGGGGGAGAUUAGCAUAGUAGAUGAAAAUAUGAUCUGAAUUUUGAGCAAAGAAGAUGAGCAAAGCAUGAGCAAAACUGAUCAAUAGGAAGAAGUAAAAACAUGUUCCAUGUGGAAUAGAGGAUGUUGGAAGGUUACUGUAUACAAGGUGGCAGCGGUGCUAUUUUUCCCCUCCUAUAACGCUGAAAUGAUGACACUGUUCAUGAAAUAGUCUCUGCCACAACAAAAUUGGAUCAGUCAUCUUAAUUCUACAUUGAGUCUUUGUAAUAGGAUUUGCUUCUUUGCACACCUGCAUCACUUGCAUUCACAGAGUCCCAGUCGACUGAAAGCAAUGCAAUAGGUUUCUAUCUUAAAUGAAUUGGGAAGAUAAUGAGUGUUGUAGCCCUCAUAUUUGUAACAGAUCGUUGAACUGUAGCAGAUCUUCUGCUGAAGUCUACGAAAGAGAUGCCUUAGUUGGGUAGUUUGCAAUAAAACACAAUAUAAAAAUACAUUUCAGAUUUGUAUCGUUGGUGGUAUAUAGUAGAGUCAUCAAUAAGUGCUUACGUUUGAGAUUAUCAUUGCCACUUUCUGUUGAGAUAAUCAGCAAAUAAAUGAAUCAGACUUGUUAUAAA